UGUCGCCUUGGCCACGUCCCCGAGCCACGUCGCGCUUUUACUCGCCAUUUUCCCAUCUUCUGAAAGCAGGAUCAAGUCUAUUCUCGUGUCACGGUGUCAUUCAAACACUGCGAGGUCACAAAUUAUCCAUCACCGGAGACGAACUGAGCUCUUUUUAGAGUCUUAAGUCGGUUUACAUCUUGCUGGAUCUCCCAGAAAUAUGAACAUUUUCCGGCUAACCGGCGAUCUCUCCCACCUAGCAGCCAUCAUCAUCCUGCUGCUAAAAAUAUGGAAAACCAGGUCUUGUGCCGGUAUUUCUGGAAAGAGUCAGGUCCUGUUUGCCUUGGUGUUCACCACUCGCUACCUGGACCUGCUCACCUCCUUCAUCUCUCUCUAUAACACCACCAUGAAGAUCAUCUACAUCGGAUGCGCAUACGCCACUGUGUACCUGAUCUACGUGAAGUUCAAGGCGACCUACGAUGGGAACCACGACACGUUCAGAGUGGAGUUCCUGGUGGUCCCUGUCGGUGGCCUGGCCUUCCUGGUGAACCACGACUUCUCUCCUCUGGAGAUCCUGUGGACGUUCUCCAUCUACUUGGAGUCGGUGGCCAUCCUGCCCCAGCUGUUCAUGAUCAGCAAGACGGGUGAGGCCGAGACCAUCACCACCCACUACCUGUUCUUCCUGGGACUCUACAGAGCCCUCUACCUCAUCAACUGGAUAUGGAGGUUCUAUUUCGAGGGAUUCUUUGACAUGAUCGCCAUCGUCGCCGGGGUGGUGCAGACCAUCCUCUACUGCGAUUUCUUCUAUUUGUAUGUAACAAAAGUACUGAAAGGAAAGAAGCUGAGUCUGCCAGCCUAAGUGCCAAAGAGGAGCGUUUUGGCAGACUUAAAGAGGGGGAUCGGAGGGGGGGAGGAGAGGUAGUGGACACCUCUGACACCACCACCACCACCACCACCACCCCCCAAACCCCCCGCCAUCCACCGCCCGCUUCCUCCUCUUCCCCUCCCGCCAGAGUAAGAUGCCUGAGACAGAGAGCGAGCGGGAGCUGCUGGCCGCACCUUCCUUCCUUCUGAUCCAGAAUCAGCGGAAUCAGAAACAGAAGCUGGUCCGCCGCGGCUGUCGGAUUUCUGUUUGACGCAUCUUGCCUUAACUUUUUUUAUUACUCUGUAUAAAGGAAGGAAAAAAAAAAAAAAAAAGCGAGAAAAGUUUUCUACAUAAAUAAAAAUGUGUACGCUGAAGAUUUGACACAUCGGUGCAUAAGAGCUGAAGAUGUAAAAACUGCCUAUGAUUUGGCGUUGUAUGAUAUUGAAGCGGACUUCUUGUGGUGGGAUAAUAUUGACUCAAUUGUUUGUAAUAGUAUUUGCAAUUGAAAUAAAUGUGCAUCGUUUUUUUUUUUUUUUCCUGAAUCAAUUCGGGGAGGAAUUAGUUGAAUCCUCAUCAUUUUGGGUAAAUGAUUCACAUUUUCUCCUCUUUUUGACCAGAAUGAAUUCCCAUGUAAACAGACUAUUGUUUUUAGUUUUUAGUUCCACGCCCUUUGUAGAAUGAUUUUAAUAUAGAUGCCAUAACUUAAAGUUCUCUUGUCAAAAAAAAGGAAUUCAGAUGUAACUCGGGAGCGUAUUGUUGUUUAAAUGCCUUCAAAAUUGAGCAGUAUGAGUGUCAUUUAACUACAUUAUAUUGAACAGAAGUGCAACGCAACAUGAUAGCAAAUGACUGAAAAGGAGGGAAAUGAACUCUCAUCACUGUAAAUGGCUUUCUUCAUUCGAAUAGCCCACUCAUCACCCAAUAUCGCCUGUUAUUCUACUCCGUUGCCUAGCUAAUUCCUAUCAGAUGACUUCACUACAUGUUUGAGACGAUGAGUAAAUUCACUGGUAAUGUGCUGUAAGUGAAGUAUCACUACAGAAAUGGAAGUCUUUCAUUUUUCUUUUUAGGUGCAGAUGUAUUUAUUUUUAUCUUCUUCCUGGUUUCCAAUAAACAGAGUCCGUAGAAUUGUCCACCUGUUGUGUAUAAUUUUAAUCUGAAGAGCUGAAUCUCUCUGUCUUUCUUGGGAGAUGAGCGCAAUCCUACGAACGCUGUUCCACUCAAUUCUCAGUAGUUCUGGAGACAUAUCUGCUUCUGUUUUAAUUUCAUGCUGGUCAUUCCUUUUCAUUUCUUGCCGGAGCUUUUGCAUGAUGUUGCCACCACGAAUAAAGAGUUUAUGGGAAA